AGUGGUGGGGAACCCGAAAGGAUCAGGAGGAAGCAACUGAGGAACGCUCUUCUCAUUUCGACUAUAUAUGAAAGCAUAGUAUAUAUUCAUCAAUCAGUUGUGAAAAUCUACACGAACAACAUAAGUGUAUGUCAUGGGAAAAAGCAUUACUUCAAUUUGUUGAUUAUUUUAUUAAAUAAAGUGAUUUAGUGAUAAUAUAAUUGAUUUACCCUACGAGUGAAGUAUCUUUUUUACACAACUUUAUUAUACAAGCGUAUCGAAGCAAAGAGUCAUGGCGACAACACAAGUCAAAGGAAGCGGGUGGCCUCGACGGGCAAGUAAUAGUUCAUUUGAAGGAAAGCCUGUCCAAAAUCAGUCUGUAACAAUUAAUAGGACAGUAAAUUUAUAUCCUCUCACAAACUAUACGUUUGGAACGAAAGAACCACUGUUUGAAAAAGAUCCAUCGGUCCCAGCAAGAUUUCAACGUAUGAGAGAUGAAUUUGAUAAAAUUGGCAUGCGAAGAAGUGUUGAAGGUGUUCUCUUGGUUCAUGAACACGGUUUACCUCAUGUACUUCUCCUACAACUAGGAACAACGUUUUUUAAAUUACCUGGAGGAGAGUUGAAUGCUGGUGAAGAUGAGGUCGAAGGUUUAAAACGUCUCCUGACUGAGACUCUCGGACGUCAAGAUGGUGUAAAACAAGAAUGGGUAAUUGAAGAUACAAUUGGAAAUUGGUGGCGACCUAACUUUGAACCGCCACAAUACCCUUAUGUUCCACCGCAUAUAACAAAGCCAAAAGAACACAAAAGAUUAUUUUUAGUUCAGCUACAAGAAAAAGCUUUAUUUGCCGUUCCAAAAAAUUAUAAACUUGUUGCUGCUCCUCUUUUUGAGUUGUAUGAUAAUUCACAAGGUUAUGGACCCAUAAUAUCUUCUUUACCUCAAUCACUUUGCAGGUUUAACUUUAUUUAUAUGUAAGCUGUAAUAAAUUGGAACGAUUAUUGAUGAAUUUUUUUUUAUUUAAAUUGAAUAUUAUCGUGUAAAGAAGAAUGUGUAUUUCUCCAAUAAAUGUACGUGAUGUUGAAUGGAAUUUAACUGAUCUCGAUUGUAUGGUUGUAUAAUGUGACAUGUGACAAAAAAAUUCUCAAAUAUUACUAACGAUA